GAGGCGAUAGUAACCAAGAGGCCAACUCAAUCAUCUGCUAAGCCAAUCCAGAGUCGACUCCACCUGGCUGGACGUGAGAAAGAAAAACACCUAGAAAAGACCUGGGAGGAAAGAGUCCCUAUCACGUGAGAAGAUGAAGACUCUACUACUGGUUGGAGGUAUCCUGGUUAUGACCGUUUGCUUCUCCGCGGCAGAGGACGAGGAAUGGAAAAAGGUUGAUUACAGCGAGAGUGAAGAAAGAUGGUUGAGGCUGAAGCGCCAGCCAAGCUUUCCCUUUAGCUUCCAAGACAAACCUGACAGAAACAUCCCACGUCCUUAUUACCCUCGACCAUUUCUAAAUAUUCCCCGCCCCUACACGAUUAACCCUGAGCACCAAUUCGCCUAUGUUUUUCCCAACUUGAAGUUCCAAAUCCCAAGUGUAUUUCCAUUUCCCCUGGAAUUCCUCCCACCUUUCUAUCCCUUUGUUCAUCCCAUCUAUUAUGGCCCUCAAACCUCAACCCCUCCCAGAAAUCCCACCGUGACCAGCCAAACUCCACAGCCCCCUGUCGAUUCCUCCGCCAAUACCCCGGAGUCUGCUACUGCUGCCCCCGUGACUGCUACCCCCAUGGCCCAAACUCCCCUCCAACCUUAAAAGAAAGCCCCGACGGGGAGAGCUUCGGUGAAGAAGAGACACAGGUCCUGUUGGAAGAAAAGUCUCAGAUUUUCUCUCUACCAUUUGAAGAAUCUAAACUGCUUGGUUUCAGUCAGAGAAGGCGUGAUUCUAGGAACAUGGGCUCUUUCCAUUCCUGUCACCUUUCAUGAUUGGGUCGUUUCUUGCAUCUUUUGCUCCUACACAAUAAACCUUGUUGAAUGCAAC